GAUAGUAUGUCUUACGUGGUUCCUAAACUUCAUUUUUAAUUUGUGAUAUUUGAUGUGCAAGUCUCUGUACAUAAAAUCAUAAUACUGUUUUGUUUUUGUUUUUUUAAAGGCUUUCUGAGGUUUAAGAACAUGGCAGACAUUGAUAACAAAGAACAGGCUGAACUUGACCAACAGGAUAUGGAAGAUGUUGAAGAAGUAGAAGAAGAAGAAACUGGUGAGGAUGCCAACAGUAAAGCUCGACAGCUGACUGUCCAGAUGAUGCAAAAUCCUCAGAUUCUUGCAGCCCUUCAGGAAAGACUUGAUGGCCUGGUAGGAACGUCUACAGGAUAUAUAGAAAGCUUGCCUAAGGUAGUUAAGAGACGUGUGAAUGCUCUCAAGAACCUUCAAGUUAAAUGUGCACAGAUAGAGGCAAAGUUCUACGAGGAAGUCCAUGAGUUGGAAAGAAAGUAUGCUGCUCUCUAUCAACCUUUGUUUGAUAAGCGAAGUGAAAUCAUCAAUGCAAUUUAUGAACCUACAGAGGAAGAAUGUGAGUGGAAAGCAGAUACUGAAGAAGAAAUUUCAGAGGAAAUGAAAGAGAAGGCCAAGCUUGAAGAGGAGAAAAAAGAUGAAGAAAAAGAAGACCCUAAAGGAAUUCCUGAGUUUUGGCUAACAGUAUUUAAGAAUGUUGACUUGCUUAGUGAUAUGGUUCAGGAACAUGAUGAACCUAUUCUGAAACACUUAAAAGAUAUUAAAGUGAAGUUCUCAGAAGCUGGUCAGCCUAUGAGUUUCACGUUAGAAUUUCACUUUGAAUCAAAUGACUUCUUCACAAAUGAAGUGUUAACAAAAUCAUACAGAAUGAGAUCAGAGCCAGAUGAUUCUGAUCCCUUCUCUUUUGACGGACCAGAAAUUAUGGGUUGUACAGGGUGCCAGAUAGACUGGAAAAAAGGAAAAAAUGUUACUUUGAAAACCAUCAAAAAGAAGCAGAAACACAAGGGACGUGGGACAGUUAGAACAGUGACAAAAACAGUGUCCAAUGACUCUUUCUUCAAUUUCUUUAGUCCUCCUGAAGUUCCUGAAAGUGGAGACCUGGAUGAUGAUGCUGAAGCAAUUCUUGCUGCAGAUUUUGAAAUCGGCCACUUUUUACGUGAGCGUAUAGUUCCACGAUCAGUAUUGUACUUCACAGGGGAAGCUAUUGAAGAUGAUGAUGAUGAUUAUGAUGAAGAAGGUGAGGAGGCAGAUGAUGAGGAAGGUGAGGAAGAAGCAGAUGAAGAAAAUGAUCCAGAUUAUGACCCGAAGGUGGGUAGUACCAAUGUAUGUAUUUUAUUAAAAUAGUUUACACAAUUAAUUUAAAGCAACCAUUUAAUCUGAAAUAAACAAUUCAUAAUUUCUGUAACUUGUUUUGAGUAAAUUGUUCUCUGAGAUGGUUUUAAUACCCCAC